CUUGCUGCGAUGAGAAUGGCCUCAAGAAGGGCCCCUGGACCCCUGAAGAAGACCAGAAGCUCAUGGAGUACAUCCAGAAGAACGGCCAUGGGAGCUGGAGGGCGCUGCCUAGGCUUGCCGGGCUCAACAGGUGUGGCAAGAGCUGCAGGCUGAGAUGGACCAACUACUUGAGGCCAGACAUCAAGAGAGGGAAGUUCACCCAGGAGGAAGAACAGACCAUCCUCCAGCUUCACUCCGUCCUUGGCAACAAAUGGUCAGCUAUCGCAAAGCACCUCCCUGGGCGGACUGAUAACGAGAUCAAGAAUUUCUGGAACACGCACCUGAAGAAGAAGCUCAUCCAGAUGGGCUUCGACCCGAUGACGCACCGGCCGAGAACCGACUUCUUUGCUGCUCUGCCUCAACUCAUUGCUCUUGCGAACCUCCGCCAGCUUGUGGAGCAGCGGCCGUGGGAUGACCACGCUGCCAGGAUACAGGUUGAGGCGGUCCAGGCUGCGAAGCUCCAGUGCCUCCAGAACCUGCUCCAGUCUGCAGCAUCCAUCACCACCACUCCCAGCUCCAGCAGCAUGAACACCAUCCCCAGUGACCUUGGCCUCCUGAGUCCUCCACAGAUGUCUUCCUUGUCUACGUUGCCUUCUCCAAGUUUCCUGGAGAGUAUCAGUGGCCAAGACAUGGUAGCUGGUCAACUGUCUGACAUCCAGAUCCCUAGCUCUUUCUUUGAACAGCCCACCAGCAACGAGGCCAACCAGCAGUCAGACUUCACUCCAAAGAGUAGCGUCGAGGGGGAGAAUGGAACCCCUAAAAUGCUGCUGUCAGAAAAUUCCCUUCCGCCGCUCGCCGACUUCCCCAUUUCCAACCUGGGUGAUGCUUGCGGUGCCUCAAGCUGUGACGGUAGCAGCAUUCAGUUCCCAAGUUGGCCCGAGUUGUUUGAUGAACAGUUCAUGUGCGAGUUUGUAUGAAUUCUGGCCUGGAGUGAGUGUGUUUGUGUUACUCUAUAGUUUGGUUUUUUUUUUCAGUUCUAGUUUUCUUCCCUUCUUACAUCUGUUUUUUGUGCCAUAUUCUGGUGUGGGUCUCAGUUCAGAGGUGUAGUUUCCGCAUGCUGUUUUUUUUCCUUUUUUGAGUGAAAAUGUGUGGCUCCUAUGCAUACACUAUAUACCAAACACUUGUAAAUAUACGACACUAUAAAUUUUGAAGGUUUGGAUCCUCCAUACUUUU